CAACAUAUCAGAGAAAUACUUUAAACAUUCAAGAACAAGUUUCUAAUGCAAGCAAACAAUCAGAUUAAGUUGAUGCAGCAGUCGGAUAUGUAAAAAAAAUUGGUGUAAUUGUCAACCUAAAAGGUUCUAGCAAUUAACUCACAUCAGGAAGAUUAAAAAAAUCAAACAAGCUUAAACAGGGUGAAACAAGACGAGAUUUAAGCUUUGAAAAUAGAUUAGGGUUUUAGAUUUUAUUCUGCAAAGACAUACGGCUAGAUGUAGCUGUAUGUAUGCGGCUGAGGGUUUAAAUCCUUUUUGGUUUUGUUUUGAGUUUUCUGAAGAUACCUGAACCUUUUGUGAUGAGUUGAACGGUCUGUGAGGAGAGAGAGCUGCUGCUGGUUGCUGACAGAGAGAAAAAGAGGCGACUGGAAGAGCUUUAGGAGUCGCCGGAAAAUAGCAAGAGAUCGUUUGGUUUCUGAUUUAUGAGUGGUGGAUUUUUGGAAGGGUUUAGAGACAAGGUCGUGCUGAUAACGUGUUGUGAAUGAAGAGGAGAACUUGUGUGUAUUAUUAGGUCGACCAACUGGUCUUUAUAUACAUAUGGUAAUGACGGUCUAAGUACUGGAUCGACAUGAGAUCGUACUUAUCCUUAACUAGAUAAUGACUAGCAAUACGUAAGAUAAACACUAACUAUAAUGUAGAUAAACACAAGAGUAGAUAGGCGCCAGUAUGAUCCUGCGGAUGGGCUUGGCCCGUCUUGCUACAUGGGCUUCUUGCUACACGGGCUGAUAAGUGGAUCCAUCAAUAAAUGGUUUAUAACACAAACAUUUGUGAAGUGAAAUUGUGAAACAUAUAGCACAAACGAGAGAAAAAAUGGUGGAAACUCCAAGUAAAAUCCAUCAACUUCUUCUUCUUCACUCUCUCAUUUUCUUCCUAACUCUCUCUCCUUCCACACAACAAGAACAAGAAACCCACCACUGCAGCAAAAUCAAUACCACGAACCUUUUCCUCUCCCCAUUCUCAAACCAAUCAAUCGUCGCCGCAAAUCUCAUCACCUGCAGAUCUGGAAGACUCUACUUCAAAACCUCAGUCGGUCUCUUCCAUGUCUCUUCCAUAGACUACACAACCAAAACCCUAAUCCUCUCUCAUUCUUCGGGAAGAGAGAAGAAAGUGAAGAAACUGGGAACAAGGGUUUCUUUAGAAGUGGAGGGUCACUUGCCGGAUUUAUGCAUCGCGUGCGAGAGACCAGACGGUAACUGUGGAGUUGCUCUCAGAUGUCUCUGCCAUCCUAAAGAAUGCAAAAACAAAGUUGUCAACUAUGCAACGAAGUCGCGAGCUUUAUUAUCUGGUGUCUAUUUUUGUUGAACACUUCAUGGCACCACCAUUAUCAAUUUAUCACAUACCCGUCCCUCCCAGGAGUAAGUUGAAUAGAAGAAACUCUUAUUGGGUAUUUAUUUCUAAUUUUGUUCUAUAUCUUAUUGAAUCGAAUAUGUUGACAUGAGAGCUCAACAUACAUAUAUGAUAAACAAUCAAGCCAAAUACAACAACACCAGCGUAAUAUAAAGAUUUCAAAUC